AAAAAAAAGAAGCUGAAUGAUAUAGCCACAUAAAAUCUUUUAAAAAAGAAAAUCACAAACACAAGUAGCCAGGAUCUCGACUACGGCCAUCAUCAUGAGUAUUAAACAAGCCUGCAUCUUCCUCAGGGACGGAACGAGGAGACCCACAAGAGCUCUUACAAACGAUGAAAUUGAAGAGUUACGUGAAGCUUUUUUAGAGUUUGAUAAAGAUAAGGACGGUUUCAUAACCUGUAAGGACUUGGGGAACCUGAUGAGGACCAUGGGUUACAUGCCGACUGAAAUGGAGCUCAUAGAACUGAGUCAGAACAUCAACAUGAAUUUGGGGGGACGGGUGGACUUUGACGAUUUUGUGGAACUAAUGACCCCCAAGCUCCUGGCUGAAACUGCAGGGAUGAUUGGGUUGAAGGAACUUAAAGAUGCAUUUCGAGAGUUUGAUUUAGAUGGUGAUGGUGCUAUCACAUCUGAGGAGCUGAAGAAUGCCAUGAAAAAGUUACUGGGAGAGCAAACUUGCAAAAAGGAAAUUGAUGCAGUGGUCAGAGAAGCUGAUAACAAUGGAGAUGGAACAGUUGACUUUGAAGAGUUUGUGAAUAUGAUGUCGCAGAAAUGAGGACAGCAGAAUGAAUCGUUGACUUUGAAUGGAGAGUAUGCCUUUUUAUCUGAUUAUGCAGAUCAUAGCCUACUUCUUAUGAUUCAUUUUAUUUAUUUUUUCUGUUAUUUGAGUGGCAUCUGCCUCUUACACGUUCACUUUGAUGCAUAUAAUAUUGAUAAACAAAUUGAAUGAUAUAUCUAAACAGCAACAUUCUUAAAGGUCCAGUGUGUAGGAUUUCAGGGUAUGUAUUGGUAGAAUAUUAUAUUCAUAACUAUGUUUUCUUUAGUGUAUAAUAACCUCAAACAAAGGAUUGUCUCUUUUCUUUAGCGUAGGACGAGCCCUACAUAUCCACAUAGGAAAACCGGUCCUCUUCACGGAAUCCGCCGUGUUGCAGUUCCAUUUUCCUAAAGUAGCCCAGAACGGACAAACCAAACACUGGCUCCAGAGAGGGCCCUUAGAGUUUUGACAUUACCUGAAGUCCAACGGUUCUCUGAUACACUUUGGAAGGGAGGGGCGAGCCGAGGGAUAUUCAGUUGGUUGCAAUCUUCAACCUCACUGCUAGAUACCAAUACGUCAACACACCGGUCCUUUAAAUUGUUAGAAAUUUCAGUACAGCAUAUUUGAAAAGUUUGUUGUCAUCAGAUCCCCAGACCUCUCCCACAGAGCAGAUACACAUCAUUGUCAACUGUUUUUGAUAAGGAAGAACAAAUAAGUAUGUAAAAUUAGAGGUCUGUGAUGUCCAGCUAAGUAGAAAGCUGAAGUACAGAGUCUCAACAAGUCAAAUCAACUAGUCAAUCAAUAGUAAAACCAAUUGGCAUAAAAAUGCAUUUGCUAUUCGACGAUAACAUGCAUUCAAUUUGUUGACUCCGUCCGUGUCUCACAAUCUGUCUCCCACAAUUAUGACUCGGCUGUUGAGAUUAGCACUAUUUACAGGAUCAAAAACUUGUAAAUAUUGUAACUCCAAUGUUACAUGACUGAGCAUUAGCCCACAGAAGCAAUUAGAACCAGGACACUACAAGGACACAGUUGCAGGACUGAUUUCUCAUGAAUAGUCUGCUUCUGUCUUCCCCAGACGUUCCUUUCAGUUACAAUUGGGCAAACCCCACCCACUCCUAUUCAUAUUGGGUGAAGGGAAAAUGAGAAUUUCAUGAUACCUUGCAGUAGAUAAUAAUGUGUGGGCAGCGUGGGAGAGUUCCAAGGAUUUACUGGAUGCGGACAAUGAUAACAGCUAUUCUCUAAUGCAGCUCCCUGCCUGCUGUAGGAAGUGUCUGCAGUGAAUUGAAUCUGAUCCAGAGGACAUUAUCAAUCAGCUGAAAAUGUUCGGCACUGAAAUUUUUUGAAAAUUGAAAUGCAAGGUGUUUCUCAGAUGUUUGUGAUUAGUCCUUUUUUCUUUGCAAAUUCUACAUGUAUGUAAAAUGUAUUGCAGUAACUUCCCAACAAACAUCCUCACGUGCAUCACCUUCAAAGACACAAAUUCUGUACGUUUUCUUUGAAGAGCCUGUGUUAGUGAGAAAACAUGUUCUUAAUG